AUGUCAGCUCUCGACGUUGAAGCUCUCCUCGAUGCCACAGCCACCAAGGAUGAGACACCAGAAUCCAAGUCCAGAGAGCCCGAUGAUCGAUUGAAGACAGACCGUGCCGACCGCCGUGACCGCGACCGCGCACGCGACGACAGCCGCGAUCGCGACCACGAUCGCAAGCGCCGAGACCGAAGUACUGACCGUGCCCGUCGUGAUCGCGGUUCCGACCGGGAAGCUACCCCUCGCAGUGAUGCAGGUAGCCACAAGAGUAGGCGUAGAAGUCGAAGUCGCGAUGAUGAUCGCCGUCACUCACGACGUCACAGAGGAGGCGACGGUGACUACUACCGUGGAGGCCGAGGAGGAGGAGGAGGAGGAGGAGGAGGCCGGGAUCGCUCCAGAUCCCGCUCCCCGAACCGCUACUACCGCCCUAGGGAUGAGCGCCGCGACCGUGAGGACCGCUCGCACCGUAGCAAGGAUGACGAUCGUUUCCGUGGUGGCCGCACUCCCAAGAGAGAUGCUACUCCUCAGCUGACCGAAGAUGAGCGUGAUCGCAGAACCGUUUUUGUACAGCAGCUGGCUGCUCGUCUUCGUACCAAGGAGCUCAAGGAGUUUUUCGAAAAGGUUGGCCCGGUCAACGAGGCGCAGAUUGUCAAGGAUCGUAUCAGUGGCAGAUCGAAAGGUGUCGGCUAUGUCGAGUUCAAGAACGAAGAUUCCGUCACUGCUGCUCUUCAGCUUACAGGUCAAAAACUACUAGGUAUUCCGGUCAUUGUUCAGCUUACCGAAGCUGAGAAGAACCGCCAAGUCCGCACGACAGACAGCUCUGGCACCCAUGCCAACUCCAUUCCUUUCCAUCGCCUUUAUGUCGGCAACAUCCACUUCAGUAUCACAGAGCAAGAUCUGCAGAAUGUGUUUGAGCCAUUUGGCGAGCUUGAGUUUGUUCAGCUUCAGAAAGAUGAUAACGGCCGCAGCCGCGGCUAUGGAUUUGUACAGUUUCGUGAAGCUGAUCAGGCUCGUGAAGCUCUAGAGAAAAUGAACGGUUUCGACUUGGCAGGUCGUCCGAUCCGUGUCGGACUUGGCAACGAUAAGUUCACCCCCGAAUCAACUGCCAAUCUCCUACAGAGAUUCCAGGGACAGAACCAACCAUACCAGGGAUCUGCAUUUUCUGGCGCUGGCGGCCGUGGCCAGCAAGCAUCCGGCUUUGACAGAGCCGGCGGCCGGGAUAACGACAAGGCCACCGGAGCCAGCGCCUUGGACGAUACCGACGUGGGUGGCGUCAAUUUCAACAACUACAGCCGUGACGCUUUGAUGCGUAAGCUCGCCAGAACUGAUGAUGCUCCUAACGGUGGUCGCGACGAGAGACAGAUCCUCAAACCAAAGACCGAGACCAAGCCAUUGCCCGUCAACGUCAACAUGGCAAGUCGUUGUGUUGUUUUGCACAACAUGUUUGAUCCCGCUGAGUACGCCAAGUCCCUCCCCUACACCUGUCUCGAUUACUCGAUUGCUAACACACAUUCUAGGGAAGAAGGUGAAACUUGGGUCAAGGAACUGGAGGAUGACGUUAGACAGGAAGCCGAGGAAAAGUAUGGCCAUGUGGUCCAUAUCUCGCUAGACCCGAAUUCGCAGGGCGACAUUUACCUCAAGUUCGACAAGGUUCAAGGAGGCGAAAAUGCCAUCAAGGGUUUGAACGGUCGCUAUUUUGGAGGACGCAUGAUCAGCGCUGCACCUGUUGUGGAUGCCGUCUACAGCAGUUUGUUUUCUCGCACCAAGGCUAUCUAA